GGUGCUUUUGGUUUAUCUCACUUGAUGUGAGAUAAUCCAAAAGCUUCCCACAGCAGCUGUGGGGCCCAUUUAAAUACAGCACUAAUUAUAGGAAGCAAAGUAUCAUUAUUUGCAUUCAUGUUGUUCGAGUAAUGAGCGAUAAAUGAAAGCAUCAAGUGUUCCAUAAACAUUUUGAUCACUGGAUAAUAGGGUCCAGAACCACCUGUUAAAUCAGGCACACUGUCGUCUAACAUUAGUUUACCAUGUGUGGUCACAACACCCUGUAAAAAUUAAUGUAGUCCACAUGUAACCCAUAUGAACUAAACAGGAUUCAGCCAAUAACACUGUUUAAUUCAGAGCCCUGGAGGCGAUACAGAAAACAUAAGAUCGACUUGGACUUUUUACUAGGUCACAAAUCUUUGGACAUUGUCAGUAACUAUUUUUUUUCUCCAUAAACACAACACUAAAAUUUUAUAUCAAACUGAUGGUUGAUCAAGACUUUAUGAAGAAAUCGGCACCUAACAGACAUGAAACAAAAAAAUCUUCUAAGCGAACAUUCCAAUGAGAUUGUUGACUGUCCUGAGCAGAAAGUGACAAUAGUUGUAUUCAAACAGUUGACAAAUUGAUUUGAAUCAGGGGAUUUGGUUUUGUUUGUUGUUUUUAUCAAACCUAAAUGUUCUGCUGCUGGUUCCACUGCAGCAAAUGUCAGUGUUGUAUGUAUGUAUGUAUUCUGGACUUCAUCUUUAGUUAUUCCAUACAGGUCGUUUUGAUGCACACACACACACACCACAUCAAAAUAGAUGUUCCAAAUGAAAAUUUGGAAAUCCUGUGAAUGUAGCCACUUUGCUGCUUGAAAUUUAUUUUCCAGCUGCAUCACGUAAAUUUAUCUUCAUCUUUAGGGGGUCUUGUGUGUCACAAUUAGCCUCCUAACCACUGGGCUCAGCUAAAAAUAGGAGACAUGCUCAACCGAGAUAAAAUUUGAAAACUAUCACCAGCAUACAAAUAAUCUAACCAACUACGCCCUUCACUUAUCACUGAUGCAAUCCACUACACAUCGUUUACUAGUCCAGCCCACUCCUCUUCGUCCAAUUGCUGACCACUGGAAGGGAGGGCAAGUUUGCUUUAAAAGUUGCAUAUGGUGGCUCUUAGUCCAUGCUACAGAAAACUCGAGCCACAAAAAUGGUGGAGUGGACAGACUUUGAGCGUGACACCAUCCAGAACAUCUUCGCCCAGCUGGACUAUGAGGAGAUCGGUCCUGCUGCUCUUUCCAGGUGUCUGGUUGUCUACCCCUGGACUCAGAGGUACUUUGGAAAGUUUGGAAACCUCUACAACGCUGCUGCCAUCAAAUCAAAUCCCAUGAUUGCGGUUCACGGAAAAACUAUCCUCCACGGUCUGGACCGUGCUGUGAAGAACAUGGACGACAUCAAGACCGCCUACAAAGAGCUGAGCGUGCUGCACUCUGAGAAGCUGCAUGUGGAUCCUGACAACUUCAAGCUCCUGGCAGACUGUCUGACCAUUGUGCUCGCUGCCAAGUUGGGCAGCGCCUUCACCCCUGAUGUCCAGGCUGCUUUCCAGAAGUUCAUGGCCGUGGUGGUGAACUCCCUGGGCAGGCAGUACCACUAGAGAGCAGAAAC